AUGGCGACGUCCACUAUCCCCAGCGUGUCUCCUGGCAUGGAGAGCUUCAUCGUCGGCAUUAUCGGCAUGGGCGACAUGGGAAAGAUGUAUGCCCGGAGGCUCAGUGACGCUGGUUGGAAGAUUAUGGCUUGCGACAGGGAUGAACAGUAUGAGGACCUACGUAACGAGUUUUCCAGCAGGACCAAUAUACAAAUUCUUCGCAAUGGCCACCUUGUAUCUCGAGCGAGUGACUACAUCAUUUACAGCGUAGAAGCUGCCGCCAUCGACCGCGUCGUUGCCCAGUAUGGCCCUUCGACUAAGCAGAAUGCCAUUGUUGGCGGCCAGACAUCCUGCAAAGACCCCGAAAUCAAAGCUUUCGAAGACCACCUUCCACCAGAUGUCGAUAUCGUCUCUUGCCAUUCGCUUCACGGUCCGAAGGUAGAUACCAAGGACCAGCCAUUGGUACUAAUCAAACAUCGCGCGUCGGACGAAUCCUUCCGGAAAGUCGAGACGGUCCUCCGCUGCCUGCAGUCGAAGCAUGUGUAUCUGAGUGCGCACGAGCAUGACCGCAUCACAGCCGACACGCAAGCGGUAACGCACGCGGCCUUCCUCAGCAUGGGCAAGGCCUGGCACUCGAUGCGGCAGUUCCCUUGGGAGGGCGCUCGCUACGUCGGCGGCAUCGAGAACGUCAAGAUCAACCUGACGCUGCGCAUCUACAGCCAGAAGUGGCACGUCUACGCCGGUCUCGCCAUCCUGAACCCCGAGGCCCGCAAGCAGAUCGACCAGUACGCCAAGUCGGUGACGGAGCUGUACAAGCUGAUGCUCGGCGGGCAUCAUGCCGAGCUGCGCGAGCGCGUCCUGAAGGCCAAGGAAAAGGUGUUCGGCCGCAACAACGCGGCCGGCGGUCCUCAGUGGGAGGACAAGCCGCUCCUGCGCGACACGGUGCUGGACCAGUUCAGCCUGGGGCGCACCGAGCCCGGCGCCGACCCCUCGACGCUGCUGCCCAACAACCACCUCUCGCUGCUGGCCAUGGUCGACUGCUGGAGCGCGCUGGGCAUCGUGCCCUACGACCACAUGAUCUGCAGCACGCCGCUGUUCCGCCUGUGGCUGGGCGUCACCGAGCACCUGUUCCGCGACCCGGCGCGCCUCGAGGGCGCGCUGCGCGUCGCCGUCGAGGACAACACGUUCCGUAGUGACGACCUGGAGUUCACGUUCGCGGCGCGGGGGUGGGCGGAGUGCGUCGGCCUGGGCCACUUCGAGACGUGGAAGGAGAGGUUCGUGGCCACGCAGCGGUUCUUUGAGCCGCGCUUUGCGGAGGCUAUCGAGGUUGGUAAUGCGAUGGUGAAGGCUGUGCUGGAGAGUACCAAGGCCUGA